AUGAGUAGAAAAGUAGCUCCUGUUGGCUCUACAACAACAACUCCUGCCUCCUCACCUGCGGGAGGUCAGAGGUCAAUACAGUCAAUGCUUCAGCAAGAAAAAGAGAAAGGAGCAAACUUUGAGACAAUCAUGCAAGUGAUACAGAAAAUGCAAGUUGGACUUGAUAGUAGGGAUGACAAGCUAGACACCCUUGUAAAGAAGUCUGAGAAAUAUUUUAGAGAAAAGGCUGAGAAAACUGGGAAAGAUGACUCUGUGGCACAACUACUGGAGUCACCUACAACUGAGACUGAAAAAGUAGGAGGAGCUGUAGGAGUAAUUGAGAAAGAAGAAGGUGCGGUGUGGGGUAAAAUUCUGCUUUGUUUAGUGCUUGCUGGUAUCUGGAAAACACCUUCUGCACAAAUUCAGUAUUUAAUUUCUGAAGAAUUAGAGAAAGGCUCUUUUUUUUUUGUGGGGAACAUCGCAAUGGAUCUAGGAAUAGAUGGCAAUAAUCUUUCAGAAUAUGGACUAUGGAUUGCAACAAGGAUGGGUGUUCAAUAUUUUGCUUUGAAUUAUAAUAAUGGAUAUUUACAUCCCUCUGAAAGAAUAUACAGAGGAAAAAAGUCUCUGGAUGGGCAAGAACGGUGUUUUAAGUUUUGUAUUAUUAUCGAGAGCAAAAUAGAGACUUAUAGGAUUGAAGUGAAAAUUACAGACAUAAAUGAUAAUGUAGCUGAGAAACAUGGAAGCAAAACCAGUGAAUUAUCUACUCGAUCCCAGUUUCCACUACCUGAAGCUGAAGAUCCAGAUUUGGGUAUAAACUGUAUACAGAGAUAUGAACUUACCAGUAAUAGUCAUUUUUUUUCUCUGGAUAUGCAUGGUGCCAGACAGGAUGAGCUUGUGCUAAAAAAAUCCCAUCUGGAUCUGGAAUAGCAAUCAAUAUAUGGUUUAAUUAUCACAGCUAAUGAUGGAGGUGAACCAGUGAAAUCUGGAAGUGCUAGAAUCCAAGUAAUUGUUCUGGAUGCAAAUGAUAAAGUGCCAAUUUUUAGCCAACUUAUCUAUGAAGUCAGCAUUGAGGAAAACACUAAAGCCUUCACAAUUUUUAAAGUAAGAGCUACUGAUCUGGAUGAAGGACUCUAAGGAGAGAUAAAUUAUUCAUAAAAAAUCACAAAAGAAGAUUCCAAAAUAUUUACUUUAAAUUCAACAUCUGGUACAAUAACUAUUAUGGCCAAUCUUGAUUAUGAAGAAUCAUCCUUAUAUGAAUUUGAAGCGAAAGCUGAAGAUGGAGGGGGAUUAUGUGUGGUCAAAAUUUUGGUCAUUAUAAUGGAUCUUAGUAACAAUAUACCCCAAGUAACAAAAUCCUUUUUCAUCAAUACUAUAUCUGAGAAUUCACCAAAAGGAGCAGUUAUUGCCCUCCUUAAUGUACAAGAUGUUGACUCUGGAAUCAACGGGGAGGUGACAUGCUCAGUUCCCAAUAACUUACCAUUCCAGUUUUUAAAAAUUCUCAAUAAUUAUUUCUAUGGAUUGGUAACAUACAAUGAUUUUGAUGGGAAACUUAUAUCAGAUUAUAAAAUAAGCAUUACAGCUACUUAUCAUGGAAAUGCACCAUUCACUGCAGUCACUGAAAUCUUUAUGCAGAUUCUAGAUACAAACGACAAUCCUCCACAGUUUCUGGAAUCAAAAUAUACCUCCUAUCUUCUAGAAAAUAAUCCAAAAGGUACCUCAGCCUUUUCCCUUAAAGCAAAUGAUCCAGACUGGGAAGAAAGUGCCAGAAUAACGUACUCCAUCAUUGAUAGCCAAAUGUGGGACUCACCCUUCUCCUCCUACCUCUCCAUUAAUUCUGAGACAGAGACCAUAUAUGCCCUAAGCUCCUUGGACUAUGAGAAGAUUCAAGAGAUUCAGUUCCAGGUCUAGGCUCAGGAUGGUGGAUUCUCAUCGUUCAGUUCUAAUGUCUCAGUGACUCUCUUCAUCUUGGACCAGAAUGAUAAUAUGCCAGAGAUCCUGUACCCCUCUCCUCCCGCUGAUGGCUCCACUGGAAUAGAGCUGGCCCCUCGCUCUUCUGAGCCGGGUUACUUGGUCACUAAAGUGGUGGCAGUAGAUGCAGAUUCUGGCCAGAAUUCCUGGCUCUCCUAUCAGCUGAUCAAAGCAACAGAACCAGGGCUCUUCACUGUGGGACUCCACACUGGUGAGAUCAGGACUGCUCGGCUUUUUCUGGAGAAAGAUGCCCUGAAGCAAAUCCUAGUGGUUUUAGUGAAGGACAAUGUGCACCCUCUUCUUUCUGCUUUGACCACUCUCAUGGUGGUACUGGCUGACCAUAUCUCUAACAUAUUGACUGAACUAAGCAACAUUUCAUUCUCUGGAGAUUCACAGUCAGAGCUCACAUUUUACUUAGUAAUUGCAGUGGAUUUAGACUCCUGUUUGUUCUUUACCUUUUUCUUCAUCUUUUCAGUUAGAUUUUUCAAGCGAAAACUUUCUCAGUUAGGUAAUAAUGGAAGUUCUGUUGUUCCUCUUACACAGUUUCUGUGGAUUGAUGAAGUUCAAGCAUUUUUUCAGUCUUAUUGUCAUGACAUUUUGCUGUCUUCAGAAUCUCAGAAAAAUCAGCUUCUUUUUCCAACUGGAAACUGUACAAAUAUAAUUAAACUACAGCAGGCUUCCGCUGAGCCUAAUUCUUUGUUAUUACAAGGUGAUUAUACUCUUACUAACGAGGAGACCACAAACUAUCAGGUAUAUUCUUAUAAAAAGCAACAUAAUACAAACAUUUUUAAAUACAACAUGACCAAUUCUUAUGCUGGGAAAUUCUAUAUGGAAAACAAACUAGGAAAAAAGAGGAAACAAAAGAUGACGAUGGAAGCAAAAUACAAAACCAGAAUACAAGAACCAAAUGUGAGGCAAGUACUUUUUCUAUUAUUAUGUUCUUUGAUCAGCUGUGUGGUAUCUGAACAGGUUGAGUACUCACUUCCUGAGGAAACAGAAAAACAUUCCUUUGUGGGGAACCUUGCUAAAGAUUUAGGAUUAGCUGUUGAUCUGCUAUCAAAACACAAGCUUGCUUUCUCUUCAGAAAAACAGUAUUUUAUUCUUAAUGAGCAAAAUAGUGAUCUAUAUGUGAAUGACAGAAUAGAUCGAGAAAAGAUUUGUGGAAAAUUAUCUCCUUGCAUCCUGAAACUAGAAGUUGUGGCACAUAAUCCUUUAAAUAUUUUCCCCAUAAAAGUUUUCAUCCUAGAUAUUAAUGAUAAUGCCCCACAGUUCAAAGAAAAAGAUGUAAAACUGGAAGUGAGUGAAUCUCAUUUGCCAGGAGCUCGAUUUGCUCUGGGAAAUGCUGAAGACGAGGACAUUGGAAUCAACGCCCUUCAAGAUUAUCAUUUGAGCUCAACCCCAUAUUUCAAGCUAGAAGUUCAAGAGAGCAAAGAUGGUGAAAAAUAUGCAGAAUUAAUUUUGCAAAAGCCAUUGGACAGGGAGAAAGAGCACACACACCACUUGAUUCUUACAGCUUCAGAUGGAGGACAUCCAGUGAAAACUGGGACUCUUAACAUAGAAAUCAGUGUUAUUGACACAAAUGACAAUCCACCAGUCUUCUCCCAGGCAACUUACAAAACAAGUCUGAAAGAGAAUUCACCAAGAGGGACUUCUGUGCUUCAAGUGAAAGCAUCUGAUAAUGAUGAAGGGUCAAAUGCUGCAAUUCAUUAUACAGUCAGUAAAAUCCUAGAUAGCAGUCAAAAGAAAUUCAUUUUGGAUCCCACUGAUGGAACAAUUUAUCUUAAGGAAAGUGUUGAUUUUGAAGACAAAGGAAGUUAUAUGAUGAUAAUACAGGCAACUGAUGGAGGUGGACUAGUUGCACAUUGCAAUGUAGAGAUUGAGGUUCUUGAUGAGAAUGACAAUGCUCCAGAAGUAAUUAUUACAUCUCUAUCCAGCCUCAUUCUUGAAGAUACUCUACCUGGAGCAGUGGUUGCUCUCAUCAAAGUCCAUGACAGAGAUUCUGGACUUAAUGGGGAAGUCACCUGUUACCUAAGAGAAACUGUACCUUUCCAGGUGGUCUCAUCAUCAGAUAACUACUUCAAACUCCUCACAGAUGGCCCCCUUGACAGAGAAAAAACACCAGUGUAUAACUUAACAAUUACAGCCACAGACCAAGGCAUACCUCCUCUUUCCACAGAUAAAACCAUCUCAAUACCAAUUUCAGAUAUCAAUGAUAACCCUCCAGCAUUUGAAAAACCUUCCUAUGUUGCCUACAUUCCUGAGAACAACCCAUCCGGAAUGUCUAUUUUCCAGGUUAAGGCUUUUGACCCAGAUCUGGAUCGUAACGCCCAAAUUAUCUACUCCAUUCUCAACAGCAACCUCAAGGACCUGCCUCUCUCCUCCUAUGUUUCCAUUAACUCUGAGACAGGAACUCUCUAUGCUCAUCGAUCUUUUGACUAUGAGCAGCUCAAAGACUUCCAGCUGCAAGUGCAAGCCCAGGAUGAAGGCUCUCCAUCUCUCAAUAACAGUGCCACAGUCAAAGUGUUUGUAGUGGAUCAGAAUGAUAAUAUUCCCCAGAUCCUGUAUCCUUCCCAAACAACUCAGGGUUCAUCAUUGUUCGAGAUGGUGCCUCGCUCAGCCGAUUCGGGUUAUUUGGUGACAAAGGUUGUGGCUGUGGAUGCUGACUCUGGACAUAAUGCCUGGCUCUCUUUUCAUCUCCUGCAGGCCACAGAGCCCUCGCUCUUCAUCAUCAGCUCCCACACAGGAGAGAUCCAAACAGCUCGAGCGUUAGUUGACAGAGACAUUACCAAGCAGAGGCUGGUCAUCAUGGUGAGGGAUAACGGACAGCCACCUCUCUCGGCCACCACUAGUCUCAACCUUGUCUUUGCUCAGAACUUCCAGGAGGCUCUUCCUGAAAUGAAUGCCCAACCUAGUAACUCAGAAGAUCAGUCCAAGGUCCAGUUUUACUUAGUUCUGACUUUGACUUUGGUAUCCUUUCUGUUCCUGGUGGCAGUGAUUUUGGCCAUUAUUACGAAACUUCAAGGAUCAAGGAACCCCACUUUUUUUCAGUGCUUCAUUCCCGAUUCUCAUUCAAAGACUGGUACUGUAUUUCCUCCAAAUUAUGAAGAUGGGACUUUGCCUUAUUCUUAUCAGAUCUGUUUAUCCAGUGAGUCCAGGAGAAAUGAACUGACUUUUCUGCAACCCAAUGUCCAAAUAGUGGAGGAUAUUCUUUGCGAGGAUAAACCUGAUACUUGUAUCAUGCUCAAUGGAGACUGUUAUCUAAAUUCUAAAAAUAAUUCUGAAAAUUUGCUUGGUGAUGGGGAGAGCAAUCUGGGUGAAAGCAGGGAUAAACUGGCAGUAAAAGUUUGCAAAUCCCAGGAAGUUUUGCAACUGUUUGCAUGUUCUGGGUGGUUCCCAGUCAAGUACCGAUUGCACUUUCGAAGGAUCCAUUUCUAUGCCCUGGUGUGA